UGGAGGAGUGGGAAUUUGAACUCUCAAAACACCCAUUCACCCGUUGGAACAAAUUCAAAACCCUACUCCUCCGUCAAUGUCCCAAGCGGCGCUGCAUCAGCAAUCUCCGAUCAACUCCUCCGAUGCAACGCCGCAUUCUCAAUUUCCCAAUUUCAAUGCCGAUCCCUUCAGCACUUCCUCUUCCUCCACUCGCAUCAGGUCCCGACCAAGGCUCGCUAAGCUUAGAAAGCAAUCCGCUGCUCACCAUGCCAGGUCCCGGAGCCGAGCCGCCGCCGUCGCCGCCGAUGGCUCUGCCUUCGGCUUCAAUCCUUUUUGUUCUGAUCAGGUAAGUGGUCAUGCUAGUGGUGCUGGAGAUUGUGACGGCGGUUCUUUGAACGGCCUUCGUAGGUUUGAAAAUGACGUUUUUGUGUUUGGUGCUGGGAAGGGCGAUUCUGAUUCUGCUAGGGAUUUGGAUUCUAGGAAGGGAGCGAGUGAGAAAGAAAUGGAGUCUAGGAAGAGUGCUGAUGUGGAAUUCGUGUUUAGUGCUAAACGGAGUGAUGUCGAAUCGAAUUCGAUCCCCGAGAGAGGGGGAAAUAGUAGUGGAAGUGUUGAAGAAAUGGAUUAUGGUGAUGAAAGGAAGAUGUCGAUUUCGGAAAGGGAGCUGGGGGGGUUCAGUAGUACGGCAUUUGUUUUUAGUGCUGGUCGGAACGAUUCGGUUUCUGGUUCAAAUGUAGAGAAGGGAAAUUCUAGUGUUUUUGUUGGUAAUUCAGGGCUUGAAGACGGUGGGGAGAGGGAAUGUAAGAGUGAAUUUCAGAGUGAAAACCGGGAGUGUUUUGGUAGCGACCAUAGUGGUAGAACAGCUAGUGUUAAUGUGGAAAAGGAGGAGUGUAUUGACAGCGUGCGAAAUUUGGAUCAUGGAAUGGGUGCUUUUAAUGCAAACACAGAAACCAAUGGUAAAAAUGAUACGGACGCUGAUCUGUAUCAUCAUUUGGGUAAUGAUGAUAAGAUUAGGAGUAAAUAUGGAAGUACUAACGGUAUUUCUGCUACCUGUAGUGACAUUCCAGCAUGUGAUUUACCAGGUGAGAUGAAGAAACUGAACAUCAACUAUUCUGAGGGUGCUGGUGUCACUAAUUUGACGAAUUCAUGUGUAAAUAGUAGUACUGGUUUUGUGUUUGGAACUAGUGACAACGUUUCUGGCUAUUCUAGUGUUAGUUCAGGAACUGAUGCUGAUGGUCAGCAGUCCAGUACUCAUGUUGCUUUUGAGAAUAUUGGUGGGCAAUAUGUCAAAGCAGGCAAAACUAAUGAUGUUCAAAAUGGAACUGUUUGUGGAGCACCUAGCUAUAUGCCAUGCUCUAGUCAAGAAGGCAUUGGAGGUUUCGAGUGUGGCAAAAUUCCUGAAUGUAACGUGUCUCAAGAUUCAAAAGUGAGUGGAGCUACAGCAUCAUUUUCCUUCUCAUCAUUUGGUCUUGAUUCCUAUUCAAAUAAUUAUGCUUUCAUGAGCCAUUUUUCUAGUUCAGAUAACCGUAAUGGUGAAAAUUGUUUUGCAAGUACUCCAGAGGCAUCCAAAGGGUCUUUUAUGGACUUCAAACCCCCAACAUGGGAUCCUUCUUGUUUUAAGGACAACUUAUUUCCUAAGUUAAAUAAAAAAUUUGAAUCCACACAGAAGGGAAGAUCUUGCAAAGAUAAAGGAUCAAAGUGUACGAGGCGAAAAUCAAAGCUGCAUUCCUUGAAUAAGAAACAGACAAGGCUAGAUCAUUUGUCAAAGGAAAGUAGUUCACUCAAAACCCCUGAUUCUUGUGGUAAUCACUCACCCAUGGAUUUUUCUCCUUAUCAGGAAACAGCAGAAAAUGAUCAAGAUGUAAAAGCUUCAGAAGAAAUAAAUAGUCUACACUCAACAAUUCCUGCUGAUUAUAAAGGUGAACACUUGCCUGCUGUGGGAAGGGAAGAUACAGAUAAUAACAAGUCAUGUAAUGGAAAUUCUUUUGACAAUUUUCAUUCUUCUGGGCCUUCUGGCCCUGAAAUAGUCUGGCCUAAUUUGAAAACUCAGCAAUUCUGCAGUAGUAGUGUAGCUGGUACUUCGGCAGCCUCAAACACUGAAAGGAAAAAUGAUGAUAUGUUUCAUUUUGUUCAUGGUCUGAGUGAUGCAAAGGGAAAAGAUUUUGCAUUUUCUGCAUCAUCAACUGUAGAGGGUACUUCAUCACUUAAGCGUAAGCAGAAGAAGAAAUUUCGGAGGAAAACAGGGUGCAACUCAUUUGUUAUAUCUCCAAAUGUGAAUGGAAAGUUUGUAUCUUCUGUACAAGUUUCACCACUUACCACUACCAACAUGUCAUCACAUUCUGAUGUGAUGGGCAAUUCUCAGAAGAAUGACCAGUUAAAGGAAGGGGAUAUCGCAUCAUCAGAUACAAAUCCAGCAGCCUGUGACAAAUGGAGGCUCAGGGGGAACCAGGCCCAUAAAGAUGGGGAUCUUUCUAAAGCUGAAGAAUUCUACACACUAGGAAUAAAUUCUGUCCCUUCAAGUGAAAGAUCAGGAUGCUGGUUCAAGCCUCUUUCACUGUGCUACAGUAACCGUGCGGCAACACGCAUGAGUCUUGGAAGGAUUAGAGAAGCUCUAGAGGAUUGCUUGAUGGCUACUGCUCUGGACCCUACCUUUCUAAAAGUACAGAUGAGAACUGCUAACUGUCACCUUUUACUAGGUGAAGUAGAAAGUGCUCAGCAGUGCUAUAAUAAGUGCAUGGAAUCAGGCAGUGUUGUUUGUUUGGAUCGAAGGGUUAUAGUAGAAGCAGCUGAAGGUUUGCAGAAGGCUCAGGAAGUGGUCAAGUGUAUAAAUAAUGCUGCUGAACUUUUAAAAGAGAGGACUUCUGAUGCAACUGUUACUGCUUUAGAACGAAUUACAAAGGCAUUGUCAAUAAGCUUAUACUCAGAAAAAUUGCUUCAAAUGAAGGCAGAGGCUCUAUUCUUGCUGCAAAAGUAUGAUGCGGCAAUUCAGCUUUGUGAACAGAGUCAACUUCUUGCAGAAAAGAAUUUUUCCUUAGAAAAAAAAGUGAACAAUUCCAGUAGUUCCAUGUGUGAUAGUUACUCAAGUGUAAAAUUGUGGAGGUGGUCAUUGAUAUCCAAGUGUUACUUUCAUUUGGGAAGGCUUGAAGCAUCACUUAAUGUUCUUGAGAGAUUACAGCACAUUGUGUCUGUCACGAACAAGUGUGUGAUUGAUAACAUUGAAGACUUGUUUUCAUUAGCUGCUACAAUAAGAAAACUUCUGGAGCACAAGAGUGCAGGAAAUGAAAACUUUAGAUUGGGGAAGUAUACAGAAGCUGUAGAGAAUUACACUGCUGCUUUAUCAUGCAAUUUUAAAUCACGUCCUUUUGCAGCAGUAUGUUUCUGCAACCGUGCUGCAGCUCAUCAAGCUUUGGGCCAAAUUGCUGAUGCCAUUGCAGACUGCAGUAUGGCUAUAGCCCUUGAUGGAAAUUAUGCUAAGGCAAUUUCAAGAAGAGCUACCUUACAUGAGAUGGUUAGAGAUUAUGAACAAGCAGCUUGUGACCUCAAAAGAUUUGUAGCUGUUCUUGAAACUCAAUCCAAUGAAAAGGCUAAACUGUCUGACUCACCAAGUGGAUCAAAUGGUGGAAAAGAAUCAAGGCAAGCUCAUCAACGUCUGCAUUCAGUGGAAGAUCAGGCCAAAAAGGGAACCCCCUUGGACUUUUACCUCAUUUUAGGAAUCAAACCAGCUGAUACAGCAAUGGAUAUCAAGAAGCAAUACCACAAGGCAGCUCUUAGACAUCAUCCAGACAAGGCUGGUCAGUUGUUGGCAAGAAGUGAAGUUGGAGAUGAAGGCCAAGUCUGGAAGGAAAUUUCACAGGAGGUGUACAAGGAUGCGGAUAGGCUUUUUAAAAUGAUUGGAGAGGCAUAUGCUGUGCUUUCAGACCCUGCCAAGCGCUCAGAGUAUGAUUUGGAAGAGGAGAUAAGGAAAGCUUCUAAGCAAAGUAAUAGAGGUGGCACAUGCAGGAGAUCUUCAGAUGUGUAUGGGUAUGGAAGACCAUCUGAUGGUUGUAAAUCUCCCUCUGACAGAUCUUCAAACAGACGGUAUGGCCGGGAUCAUUGGAAGACAUAUGGACAUUCAUAUUCGCGAUGGUAAGAGUAAGAGGAUACUCAUACACAGGCGUCAAGGUUCCUAUGCCUGGUUUGAUUGAAAGUGACAUUCCUUCUCAUUCUUGAUGGACCCAAGUUUCAUGAUGGAAUGAAAACAAAGGCUUUAAACUGCUUUUGCAGGUAAUUAUGACUUGGUCUAGUUGAAAGUGACUCUGGCCUUCUACUGAUUUUAUUUUCUUCUGGUCUGACUCAGGCCAUUACUGUUUUAUAUUUACGAUCUGAACCAGGUCUUCACUGAAAUAAGAUUGUACGUAGAUAUUGCAAGCAUGAGCCAUAGUGGUGUUUAACCUUGAAGUAGCAAAGAACUACAGGCUGGGGAAAUUAGGCAAGACCAGGCCCCAUUAACAGCGAUGUAUGAGCUUCACCAACUUAAAUGUUAACAAGGCAUUAUGCUUUACUUGCCUGCCUUUAUCCGAUGAUAACGGGCAAGGGAUUGUUUAUACAUGAAAUCCGGCAUACAUAGAUGAAGGAGCCAAUGCAGUUGUCUCGCAUGUGUCAUAGAUGCUGUUAAGUUAUCAUGUUGUUUUAGCUUCUUAAUAGGGAGUGGUUCAGUCAAAGAGAAGAAAAAGAAAGCGCGUGAUAAAUACAGAAAAUACACGUGUCUUUUCUGUUUUAAUCGACCAAAAUUACUUGAGUGUAGCGUGUCUAACCUCGACAUUUUUGUUCUCUUGGAUUUCACAAGUGAACAGGUUAUUUAAAGAAUACUGUGAAAUAUUUAUUGAUAUUGAUUCUUUAUAUCUAUUGGUAGGGUAUGUAUCUCUGGCUGGAUAAGGAUGGAGAGUGUAAUGUAUAUCAGUUCCAGUGUGUAUUACGAU